UGGCCGGGAGCCGCAGCUUGUGCUGCGCCAGCACCGCGGCCGGAGGCUCCGCUCGCCGCUGGCCAAAUCCAGUGAGAAGAUGACCCCGCUGGUUGCCGGGGUGUCCAGCCCCCGUGCCCGGCUCUUCACCUGCUUCCUCAGGCUGGGCGCUCAGCAGGCCGGCCCACUUCAGCUGCACACAGACACCGGCCUCGCAGCCAAGAACCACUAUGAGGUGCUGGUGCUGGGCGGGGGCAGCGGUGGGAUCACCAUGGCCUCCCGUAUGAAGAGGAGAGUGGGUGCAGAGAAUGUGGCCAUCGUUGAGCCCAGUGAGAGACAUUUCUACCAGCCAAUAUGGACGCUGGUGGGUGCUGGUGCCAAACAGUUGUCCUCAUCUGGCCGUCCCACAGCGAGUGUGAUUCCAUCUGGUGUAGAAUGGGUCAAAGCUAGAGUGGUGGAGCUGAACCCGGACAAGAACUGCAUUCGCACAGACAACGGCAAGGAGAUCUCCUACAGAUAUCUCAUCAUUGCUCUCGGAAUCCAGCUGGACUAUGAGAAGAUUAAAGGUCUACCUGAAGGUUUUGCCUGUCCCAAAAUAGGGUCCAAUUAUUCAGUGAAUACAGUAGAGAAGACAUGGAAAGCUCUGCAGGACUUCAAGGAGGGCAAUGCCAUUUUCACCUUUCCCAACACUCCCAUCAAGUGUGCUGGAGCCCCUCAGAAGAUCAUGUACUUAUCGGAAGCCUAUUUCAGGAAGACAGGGAAUCGACCAAAGGCCAACAUCAUUUUCAACACUGCUCUUGGAACCAUUUUUGGGGUUAAGAAGUAUGCAGAUGCCCUGCUGGAGAUCAUCCAGGAGAGGAACCUCACGGUGAACUACAAGCAAAACCUCAUUGAAGUCCGAGCCGAUAAACAAGAGGCUGUUUUUGAGAACCUGGACAAACCUGGAGAGACCCAAGUGCUCUCCUAUGAAAUGCUUCAUGUUACACCACCAAUGAGCUCACCGGAUGUCCUCAAGAAGAGCCCUGUGGCUGAUGCUGCUGGCUGGGUGGAUGUGGACAAAGAAACUCUGCAGCAUAAGAAGUACUCAAAUGUGUUUGGGAUUGGGGACUGCACCAACCUUCCUACAUCCAAGACCGCUGCUGCAGUCGCUGCCCAGUCAGGAAUCCUCGACAGGACAAUUUCUCAGGUUAUGAAGAAUGAAACAUCAGUGAAGAAGUAUGAUGGCUACACGUCAUGUCCUCUGGUGACUGCCUACAACCGUGUGAUUCUUGCGGAGUUUGACUACAAUGGUCAGCCACUGGAGACCUUCCCCUUUGACCAGAGCAAAGAGAGACUGUCCAUGUACCUCAUGAAGGCCGACAUGAUGCCCUACCUGUACUGGAAUAUGAUGCUAAGGGGUUACUGGGGAGGACCAGCCUUUCUGCGGAAGAUGUUUCAUCUAGGGAUGAGUUAAGAAUGGCUCAACCCUUGCUCUCUUUGGAUGGCUUCUGGACCAAAAUCGCAGUCAAUGAUUGACCAAGAGCUGUGUGAACAACUGCAGACCUAACCCCAUAAAGAGUUUACUGCUGGAUGAUGGAUGAUGGGGACUAAAUGCGUCCUUUUCAAGUACCCCUGGACAGGCACCGUGCCCAGGAUGAGCUUGAUUCUUUGGAAAUAUUAAAAUAAAAGACUAGACUUCUAUUUUUUAACUAAAAGCUUGUCAUUGA